UAUCUAUCUGUGCCAUUGCUUUGCGUCAGUCAAUGUGACAAUCUUUGAGUUUUGUUAGUUUGCCGAAAAGUUAAUUUUUUAAUGGACUUUAUAAAUUUAAGUGUCACAUAUUUAGUUUAAGAAUGACGGAGAAAGUAACUCCAGAAGACGGAAACAAUGUUCCGCUAACAGAUAACAGCUUAAUAGUUGAUAUAUCAGACGCCUUGAGUGAAAAAGAUAAAGUUAAAUUCACAGUACAUACUCGUACAACCCUCAAACACUUUCAAAAACCUGAGUUUUUAGUUGUACGCCAGCAUGAAGAGUUUAUUUGGUUACAUGAUCGUUAUGAAGAAAAUGAAAAAUAUGCAGGAUACAUAAUACCACCCCCGCCGCCCCGACCUAAUUUCGAUGCAUCUAGGGAAAAGCUGCAACGUUUAGGUGAGGGUGAAGGUACCAUGACAAAAGAAGAAUUUACAAAAAUGAAGCAAGAGCUAGAAGCUGAAUAUUUAGCAACAUUCAAAAAAACAGUAGCAAUGCACGAAGUGUUUUUGACUCGUUUAGCUAGCCAUUCAGUAUUUCGAGAAGAUUCCCAUUUACAUGUAUUUUUGGAGUAUGAUCAGGACCUUUGUGCUCGUCCAAAGGGGCGUUUCCAGCAGUUAGGGGGUAUAGUUAAAUCCCUGGGUUCCACAACAGAUCAGUACUACUUAGGAGCCACAGUCAGAGAUGUAAAUGAUUUUUUUGAACAGCAAAUGAAUUCUAUUACAGAAUACCAUGGGCAUUUAAAAGAAGCUACAUCUCGAACUGAUAAAAUGACUGAAAAACACAAAGAAGUAGCAGAUAGUUAUAUAAAAAUAUCAUCAGGAAUUUUACAGUUACCAAAUAUAGAUCCUGGUCCUUUGGAUAGGUUUUUCGCAAGAAUAGCUGAUUAUUUUGAAAGAGCUAGGAAAAUUGAAAGUAGAAUUGCCAGUGAUGAAGAUCUGAAAUUAGCUGAUACACUACGGUAUUAUAUGAGAGACAGUCAGGCUGCAAAGUCUUUAUUAGUAAGACGUCUUAAAUGUUUAGCAAAUUAUGAAGCUGCUAACAGGGCUCUUGAAAAGGCUAGACAUAAAAAUAAGGACAUCCAUGCUGCUGAACAAGCUCAACACCAAGCCUGUGAACAGUUUGAAUCAAUUUCAGCUCAAGCUAAGGAGGAACUUUUAGAUUUCAAAACUAGGCGUUUACAUGCAUUUCGAAAAAGUUUAAUAGAAUUAGCUGAAUUGGAGAUAAAACACGCACGUACUCAGCAGGACUUGAUAAAGAAAACUUUACAAAGUUUACAAGAACUUUAUUGAAAUACAGAGUAAAGUAAUGUUUGCUGUGUAUUUGAUAAGGCGAAAUUUUGUUUUGUUGAAACAUUCCUAGUUUUAUAUUUUCUUAUAAUAGUAAUAAUGGUUAUUAUGAU